UUCCCUCUGAGAGCAUUAGAAGGUUUUUCUCUCCAGCCUCACGUAUUGGAUGUAGGGUACAGAAAGUAACUCAGUGGCCGCUCGUGACAUAUAAAUAGGGUUGGUUCCUUUUAACGCGCGUUUUUUUGUUUUUUUGUUUUUAUUCUAAAGCACAGUCUUUUCGGCAUUUUGGUGUGGACGCGCAGCAAUGAGGUGACCGUCCUGAAGCAAACAUGGGGCAGAUAGGAGAAGCCAAAGUGUCGUGCAGCAACGUCCUCACCUUCCACCGAGAGCUGCUGGUGUCCAGGCUGAGGAGCGUCCAGUGCAUCCUGGACAACCUGCUGGCUUGUGGCUUUCUCUGCGAAGAAGAUGUUGAGAUUGUUCAGCGAACCGCAACCAAGGCAGACCAGGUGCGUAAAAUCCUGGAGCUGGUCCAGUGUAAAGGGGAGGAGGCCUGCGAAUACUUGAUAUUCGUAAUAUAUACAAUAUGUGAUGCCUACGUGGACCUCCAGCCGUGGCUGAGGGACAUCGGAUACAGCCCAAACAGUGAAGUAGCAGUGAUGAAAGUGGUGAACACGGAUCCCAUCAGCAGGUACUGCGAAAAGAUGAGACACGAAAUGAGCCGGGACACCAGCUUCAUCAUGUCAUACGGCCAGCAGGAGGAGACUCGGCUGGAGGAUCUCUACACCGACACUGUGAUGGAACUGUUGAACGACAGCAAUGAAAGUCUGGGCAUCUUGGAAAGUCUGGACCAGCUCCUUGCGGAGAACGCGGUUUUUAAUCCCCAAGGCGAACUCGUCUACGUGAUGGGGGACGCCGGUGUAGGGAAAUCCAUCCUCCUGCAGAAACUUCAGAACCUCUGGUCCAAGAAGGAGCUGCACACGGAUGCGAUCUUCUUCUUUAAAUUUCGCUGCAGGAUGUUCAGCAACUUUAAGGAUGCGGAAAAGAUCUCCCUCAGAGACCUUUUGUUCAAAUACAACUGCUACCCAGAUCACGACCCAGAUAACGAGGUCUUUGAGUACAUCCUGCGCUUCCCGGAGAAGGUUAUUUUUACUUUUGAUGGCUACGAUGAGAUUCAGGAGGAUGCAGACCUGAUGACUGUACCUGAAGUGGCGUCACCAGAGGACAAGUCUAACCCACUGCAGCUGCUUAUUAGCUUGCUCUGUGGGAAACUCCUCAAGGGAUCCCAGAAGGUGCUGACAUCCCGAACGGGGACUGAGAUCCAGACUAAGGUCAUAAGAAAGAAAGUGGUUCUGCGUGGGUUCUCCCCAACCCACCUAAAGACGUACAUCGAUCUGCACUUUAAGGAGCAGGAGCACCGCGAUCUGGUGUCAGUCCAGCUUGAUGCCAGCCCCCACCUCUGUGGCCUGUGCUCCACGCCGCUGUUCUGCUGGAUCGUAUUCAAGAGCUUUAGGCAUCUGCACACGAUGCACGAUAGUUUUCACCUGCCCGAAACCUGCAUCACACUCACGGACAUCUUCCUCCUGCUCUCCGAGGUGUUUCUCAGCCGCUCGGCCUCGCCUGCGCCAUCUUUGCUGAAGAAACGUUCCCGCUGCACCUCGGACACGUUCAAAUCUGGACUCAGGCCCCUCGCUGCGUUUGCCAAGCUGGCGCUUCAGGGCCUGGAGAGAGGUAGCUUCAUUUGCGACCAAGAGGACAUCAGUGCGUGCGGUCUCACGGAGGAGGACCUACUGCUGGGCUUUCUCAGACCUGUCAGCGAGUACGAUGCCAGUGGAAGCCCUGCUACCUUUGAAUACCUCCACAUCACACUCCAGUCUUUCUUGGCAGCGUUUGCUCUUGUGCUCGAUGAGGAGGCGGCUGCUGGCUCCAUCCUGAAGUUCUUCGCCGAGUGCAGCAGGAGAAGGGAAACAACCUGCCUGCCUUUAGAUUUUUGCAUAAAUCGCUCCGCAAAGCCCAGAGAAAAGAAGCUAUUUGGGACCAAUGAGCACCUCCAGUUCACAAACUUGUUCCUGUGUGGGCUGAUGUCCAAGUCUCACAUGGGCCUGAUGGGUCACCUGGUGUCUCCUGCUUUGUUGAAGAAAAAACGUACCUUGCUUAAGUCUUACCUGUCUACUAGUGUCAAGUCCCACCUCCACGGGUUACCCCACUACAAAGGAGACGAGGGCAAGAAGGUUCACGUCUUGCCCAACUUCUUGUGGAUGCUGAGGUGCAUCUUUGAGACCGGGAGCAAAGACAUCGCUCAGAUGACAGCAAAAGGCAUCACAGCCGGCUUCAUCAAGCUGGGUCACUGCAACGUCUACUCGGGCGACUGCACGGCCCUGAACUUCGUACUGCAGCACCGUCAGAAACUCCUAGGGCUCGACAUGGAUAACAACAACAUCAGUGACUACGGGGUCAAGCAGCUCAGGCCCUCCUUCUGCAAGAUGACAGUAGUGAGAUUGUGUGUCAAUCACCUGUCAGACAGCAGCAUUGAGGUUCUUGCUGAGGAGCUGUGUAAACACAAAGUUGUGGAGGUUCUGGGGCUUUACAGUAAUCACAUCACAGAUGUUGGAGCCAAGCUGGUUGCUCAUAUCAUUGAGGAAUGCCCGAAGCUGCGAGUUCUCAAGAUUGGGAAAAAUAAUAUCACUAGCAUCGGUGGGAAGUAUCUGGCCGACGCGAUUAAGAAGAGCACUUCAAUAUUUGAUGUGGGGAUGUGGGGCAACAGCAUCGGUGACGAGGGAGCGGAGGCUUUUGCGGAAGCUUUGAGGAACCACCCGAGGCUUACCAACCUCAGCUUGUCAGCCAAUGGCAUCACAUCAAGAGGCGGGAGGCACCUGGCGGAAGCACUGAAAGAGAACAGCGUCCUCAGGAUAUUCUGGCUGGUGCAGAACGAGCUGACGGACGACGUGGCUCCUCACUUAGCAGAGUUCGUCCGAGCAAACACCGGUUUGACACAUCUCUGGUUAAUCAGCAACAGGUUCACGGUGGAUGGGAUCAGACCCCUCGCUGAGGCUCUCACUCACAACACGGAGCUCAAAGAGAUUUGCCUCAAAGGAAACCAAGUGUCUGAGGAGGAACAGAAACAGUUUCUGCAAGAGAAACGUCUGCGGUUCCACUGAAGGACGACACGUGAAACAUCACCUAUAAACUGUACACAGUGACUUCUGUCUGUAGUCGCAACCUCACACCGGACACACAAAGUUAAAUCAUGUGGUUCAUCUGAAAUGUUCAACUUCACCCGUUAGCGAAUCCGAAUUAUUUAUUUAUUUUAAUUUUUUUCUUUUUCUUUUUUUGCACUUGACACACGACGAGUUUCAUGUUGGGGAAGUUUAGCUGAAAUCCUGGCAAAAUGUUUCACAUCUGCGCCUGAAAACAGGAAGUGGCUGUAACGAACAAGAAGUAAACAACAUGCUGACUUCCUGUCUUGCAUUUUCUUUUCUUCUUUUCUUUUUUUAAUUUAUUUGACCAGCCUUUUUUUUUGGUUCAUCUCCAAGCAGCAGGAAUUUCAAACCCCUACAUUUCCCAUAAUGCACUUCAGCCACGCGUUUCAUUUAAUCCUUCCCUGUCUGGUAAAUGUCCAUUUUUAACAUCACACUCAUCUGACUCAUCAUAUUCAGUAUUGUGGAAAUAAAAAUCACUCAUCAUGAUGUUUUGACCUCUGGAUUUUUUCACUACAAAUAAAUAUAUAGAUUUACAUAAAUUAAAUAUUUCUUGUUUGUUAUGUUUCUCUACUUUUGAAAAGUGUUUUUUGUUUUUGUUUUUUGGUGCUGAAAAAAGUAAAUAAACUGUGAUAAUGACGUCUUGUGCUUCCUGAUUUGUUUUAUGCUCCGUAACCGUGGUAACUGCAAUUUUCUUUCAACAAAUAAAUGGUUUGGAUCAGGGUUUCAAACGAAACCGCUCCUUUAGGGGGUCCACUCUGGUCUUUAAGAUACUAAGUUUGCAUUAGUAGUAAAUUAGCUGCAAUAAAAACAACUGCUAAUCUCACUUUGUCCACUAGGGUUCACAAUUUAGUAAGAUCCAUCUUCCCUCUUCUUUUCUUCUUCUUCUUCCUCACUUUCUUCCUGCCUUCCUUACAUCCUCCCUCACUUCCUUCACUCCUUCCAUCCUUCUUUAUUUCCCUCAAGACUUCCCUCCCUCCUUCUUUUCUUCCUUGUUCCUCACUUCCUCCGUGUCUUCCAUCCUUCCUCACUUCCUCACUUCCCUCUGUUCUCAUUCGCUUCCUUCCUUGUCUUUGUGGUGGUUGUUCAUGGUACUCGGUGAAGUCACAUCAAUGUUAAUGUAAUUAAUGAUGGACAGUUAAGAUGUUAUGUUACUGCUAUUAUUUAUUCUGUGAUUAUACAUAGAUUUUAAUCCUGGUUGUGUUCUAACACUAAUAAAAUUAGCAUUAAAGUCCCUUCAGCUUCGGGCUAGAGAUAAAUUAUUCACUAAAUGUGAUGCUAGUCAGAAAUAAACAGAGUAGAUAAGAAUAAUAGAGAUUGUAGCUAUUUGAACAGUUUACAUGUCGUCCUAAUUCACUUCAGAACUUGGAAUAAAUCGUUUAAAUGGGGGAUUUCUCCUGUAUUUAGGGGAAACCCGAUCGGGUGUGAUGACAGUCACGCUUCCUGUUGUCCACACCCACAUAUGAGGACAUCUCUAUUGGGUCUAACCACCAAAGACAAAAGUCUUUUUCUGUUGUGCCCGUUAUUAUAUAAAAUUAUUUUUGCUCACGCUCCUGACCGAACCUUAAAAAGGGUCAUAGGUCAAAAGUGGACUCACCCAUGAAAUGUCCAAUUAUACUAUUGUAAACUAAUUUUCCAUGUUUUUACAUUUUUUUGUAGAUCUUUAUCGUUACAAACAUGGUCAACACUAUCAUGCACAACUAGACAAUAACAAGAAUCAACAAUAACAUUUGAUUUGAUUUUUUUACCUUGUCGAUGUUUCAGUCGGAUGCAGUCGCCUCCAUCGCUUGAUGUUUCCCUGUGAAGUGUUUUUGUCUUCAGACGCCACCAGAUAACAGUGUACGUGUCCACAUUUGUGUACAACAGGUUCCAACUACGCACACUUAAAGGAUUAUGGUACAAUAGACAAUUAAAAAUGUGAGGUCCUCAUAUUCGGACACCAGGUCGUAAAAUUACUUGUUUAUGUUGUUUUUAAAUUAAAAAUCAAAUAGCCUUCUUUUUUUCUUUUAAUUUUGCAAUUUGAAAUAAAUAAAAAAAGUUGAAAUAUGAAAAAGCACACAGACUCAUACUAAGUCCAUUUGCCUUUCCUUUUUUUUUUUUUUGACUGUAAACAUUUAAAACUAUUUUUAAAAAAGGGCAAACAAGUGAAAUGCAAUCAUCACGUCUAUUAAGUCCAGAUUUGUUUUUCCACUUUUCUUCUCACAGACAUCAGCUGUGUGAUAAGGACCAGAAAUAAUCAGAUUACACUGAGGAGGCCUCGUUAGAUGAGCAUUUACCAGCCACACUUUCACCUUUAUUGCUUCAAACACAGAAGGCGACGAGUCCUCCUGCAGAGAGAGGCUGCAUUGAACUACAGCACCAUCGUGUGGACAACAUGGAGAACUGCACAGUCCGGGUUCACAUGAGCAGCGCGAUCCAAAAAAAAAAAAAAAAAAUCCCCCAAAACUCCAAAAACGUCAGAUCCAUUCACAGACAUGCGUUCAAUUCACAGUCGUAUUAAAGUAGCAGUGCUUUAAAGGAGCGUUGCAAAAUACUUAUUUUGCAUAACAAAUGUAGAAGUGGCUUAAACCAGACCUUCCCUCUUUGAGUGAUUGAUUGAUUGAUUGAUUGAUGAAGGAGUAAUUUUCUCCACAAACGUGGGAGGAAGUGGAAUAAUCAUAUUUACACAUUUGCUUUUAAGUAUAUUCAAUUUCUUUAUGGCAAAGUUUCAGCGUUGUGGAAAAUGUUGAAAAUUAAGAAUGAUUAAAAAAAAAGCUGUGGUGCAUCCAGACGUUUGAGAACAGUGAGAAGCAAAGAUGUUUCACUAAAUGUCUUAUGUCUACGCAGACUUGUGCAUGCAAACUUAGAAAAAGAAAGAAAGAAAGAAGCAAAAAUUGAGAAUUCUCACAUCUUCGCGGAGGAUUUAAUCAACUCAAAGCAGUUUUUAGCAAAGGCUAGCAGCGGCUAACUCAGACGCUAUCUCACCAUUAAUGUGACUUUAGCCGUGCUGUUAGCAUGUAUUUAUACAAAUACACAUUUAGUUUUUUAGCUGCCAAUUUAAAAGUAUUUUUCAUUGAAAUGACACAUUUCUGUUGCAGUUUAAGUUUUACCUGUUAAAUGUUAAAAAGAAGAAGAAGAUAGAAGUUUCAAGUUGUUCCUGUUUUUUUUCGUUAUGAUAUGAAUUUUCAAUAUAUUGUGUGUCACAAUGUCUGUAGUGACAUUACAGACAUAGCAGUUUAAAUAUGUUUAAAUAUAAAUAAAUGCAAAAAUAAAUGAAACAGUAAUUGGCUCUAUUUUUUCAUUCAUAUUGGUAACUUUAAAUUAUUAUUAUUUUUUUUUAUCUUUUAGCUGUAAAUGUCUCCAGAUUAAUCUCAUCAGCGCUAACAUGGGGCCAUGUAAACCUGUUUUACUGCUAGUGAGGGAUUAUUCUACAAUAUUUACUCAUCAUCACAGUGAAACAGUCCAUCCUUAGUCAAUCUACUGCAUUAAUUCCUCUCUCAACCAGAAGGAAAUGUUGUGAACAUGUGAUUAUGCAUGAAAAAAUCGUGACAUACCGUCAGAAUUAAAAAUGAUACAGCCCUAAUGUUGUUCAGUCUUCAUUCUUUAACUUCCUUCAUGUGUACGAGAAGCAUGAUGAUGCAUAUUUCGUACACAAGUGGUAGUAAAGUUUGUAGUUCACUCAUCUGAAGUCAACUUCUCAGUUUUUUUUUGUUUUUUUUUGCAUUUUAUUGCAUGUUCCUUCAUGUUUCUGCUUCUCCUACGUGGAGCCGGCAUUAAAGAGGUGGCGUGAAGGGAAGCAGAGGUUGUACGAGACGCUUUCUCUCGCUCGUUAAGCAACUUUCUCUUUAAUGAAAACUUCAUUUCGUCCUCAUUAAGACACUCUGUGAAGCUGUGACAGCAACAGCAACAACAACAGCAACUACAACAACAACAACAACAGAAAUCUGUGUGUUUCCAGUGUAAAAACGCUCAAACCAGAUGUGAACUCAGUGCCGACGUCAUGGAACAAACAGAGGAUUGAGGUUGGGUGAGAAUGGAGCUUCAGAGAUGACUGAUGUAUGAUUGAUCUGACUGGAUUAAUAAAAUAAAAAUAAACUCUGUGUACUCAGUCCCAAACAGACGGCCUCAGUGUGCCAGGUCCUCCGGUCCGGUCCGGUCCGGUCCGGUCCGGUCCAGAUCGCGUGGACUCAGCCUUUAGCACUUUGAUUGAAGUUAUGAUAGAAGCUGCCAGGGCCCUGAGACCAGUCUGCAAUAAUCUCUCAACGCCAACGGUCAAGCAGCAGGUUAGCGACUCCCCACGACGAGCACAGAGGUUUAGUAUAAACGGUCGCUUGGUGCAACGAGUAAAAAGAUCACAGAGCUCGUUCUGGUUCAUAUGACGCUUUAAAAGCAGCAAAAACCCCCGAGUAAACUGGUUCACAC